GGGGGUCAGCGGUUUGAAAGAUGGCGGGAGUGACCGUAGAUCUGGUUACAGAUGACGAGGACGAGACGACUAGGGACUCGGGCACUUUCGUUAGCGGCGACUCGGAUCUGCCCGUGGUUUUUCUGUGCUCCCAGUGUCGGCUGCCCGUCGGAGAUUCGCUGGCAUGGGCUGGAGCAAACCCGAAGGAGAACAUGAUCUAUCUGAAGAGUGUCACAAAUAAUAUCCUUGUAGAUAAAGAUCAGAAAAUAGACAGAGCUGAUGAAUCUGGUUGCAUUUACGUUUUGCUUUCCUGUACUGGCUGCUCUCUUUCACUGGGCAGAAUGUACCUAAGCACUCCAGCCCACCUUGACUUCAAGAGGAAUAUAUAUUGCUUGGCAGUGGCCUAUAUUGAAAGCUAUGUCCUUGGCUCCACAAUAAAUGCAGAACUUGCAGAUGACAGUAAAAAGCCAGUAGUUCUAGAAACACAAGCUGAAGUUCUUGGAGAACUAGCAAAGUCCCAGACCGUGCUGAAUCUGAUGAUUACAAGGCUGGCAGCUGUUGAAGAGAAGUUGCGAUCAUUACAGGGUGCAGAAUGAUUUUAAUAUGUUAUAUUGUAACUUAUUCAGAUGAAGACACCACAUUUUGGAGAUGUCAGCAGGUGUCUAAACUUGAUGUCAAUUCAUUAUAUAGCAUAUUUUAGCAGAUUUCUUCUUUUUGUUGUGUUGCGGGUUGUUGGCUUGAUGCAGUCACUAGCCUUAACAAGUGUGUCAAAUAUUGGAAAUGAUUAUGUAGUAUUGUACCAGCUGCUAAAUUUAUUAUUCUCUUCUGAGAAAGCAUCAUUAAUCAACAAGUAAAUUUGUAUUAUAGUCUACCUUUAAAUGUUUGUAUGAUUGUUUAAUUAAAGUUUAAGCUAAGAUAUUUUGUAACCAUUUCAUCUUGAUAUUAUUAUCUUUAUCAGAUUGUGUUAAGUGUAGGUUCCUUUUUGUUAAUUUUGUUACUGUAGAAAAUAAA